AGGUUUUGAAGCCAUAAGACUGUAGCACCGAGUUGGCGAUCUCAGUAUUAAGGAUAAUAUAUCUGUAUAGGUAAGCUGCGAACUUUUAAAAAAGGUUUCUGGGGAAACACUGACCUUUUCAAGUACAUGAUUUGCUUUGAUUGAAAUCGCUUCUAUCUAUCUACUUAUCUUCAAGCACUUUUCUUUUCCAUGCUUUCGGGAUGGGCCCACCACCUUCCUGCACCUCUACCCCAGAACAAGUUUUCUACUCAAGCUACAUAACAGGCAGAAACCCAACAAAUACUACUUUCCUCCAGUAUAUGCAUGCAACUGACAGGGGGGAUCCUCACCAGUUGAAUUACUGCCUGCUAUACAGCUGCUAAAGGGAGAGAAGACCCAGUAAAAAAAAAAGGAUCAUUUGCAAUGAUUCAGGCCAUGUGUGUCUAUAAUGUGGCCUGAUUUUUAGAAGCAUUGUCCUCUCUUUGAAGGAGCCCUCAGUGUGGAAAAACUCUGAUCCAAUGCCAGUUUAAAGAUAAAGAACCAUUAACAGAGAAAGGAAGGACCUGGAAGAGGCCCGCAGGCCAUUAGGGUUGCCAGGUCAAGGGCAUCCCAGACCUGGAGAUUUCAGGGCCCAAACCUGAGACCUAGGGAUGGGCCCUGGCCAUGUUAUGACAGGAUGCCCCUGGUGAUGUCACGAGGACAGGCCCUGGAGAGGGAGUGAGGAGCGGAGGAGGACAGACCACACAGAGUGUCAGUGCUAUAAUUUGCAGCUAGCUUCUGCCAGGCUGAAGAGUGCCAGUUGCGUGCAUAGUCCAUCAGGCCCAGAGGAAAAGUGUGAGCAAAUAGAUGAGUGAACAGCAAGCAGUGCUGCUUCCUGUUUUCCUCCUCCUCCUUGAACAUUGGGCCUGAAGAGUAAGAGGCAGCAGGAGGAGGAAAAAGUGCUGGCAGUGAGGAGAAGCAUCAUCACAGACCCUCCAAGUGUCCCUUUUUUCAAGGGAUGUCCCUGAUUUAGAGAAGCCGUCCCGGUUUCUGAUUUGAUCCUGGAAUGUCCCACUUUUCCUUAGGAUGUCCCUAUUUUCAUUGGAGAAAUGCUGGAGGAUAUGGAGUUAUCCGAUCCCCAAGCUUCCUCUAUAGGGAAGUUUUUUAAAAAAAAUGUUUACUGUUUUAUUGUGUUUUUAUGUAUGGUGGAAGCUGCCCAGAGUGGCUGGGGCAAGCCAGUAGGAUGUGUGGGGUAUAAAUAGUAAAAUUAUCACUAUGGACUGGGACGUCCCUAUUUUCAUCGGAGAAAUGUUGUAGGAUAUGUCAUCAGUUGAUGAGAGAUAGUAGUGAACCCCUAGGCAACCCAACUAUUUAAAGGCCUAAAUGACUGAGGCCCCAAAUAUUUGAGAUGCCCUCUCAGAUCAGCAGAGGGACCUUCUAGGUAGUCCCACCACCCUUAUAAGUUUGGCAGGUGGCAGCCCAGGAGACGACAUUCUGUAGCAACUAACUCCCUGUCUGAACAUGCCAAGGGCAUAAAAAAAUCUGGAGCUGGCCCGCCAAAAGCUACCUUUUCCUACAAAAAAUUAUCAUCAUGUUUUCCCAUACAGCAGUACUCACGAAGAUUUUCUCCCCAUCACUCUUACGUAAUGGUUGAGCAGUUCUCAGGAACCUGGAAACUCAUCUCUAGUGAAAAUUUUGAUGAAUAUAUGAAAGAACUGGGUAAGCAAACAUUCUGUCACAAACUAGGGGCUUAUCCCCUGGGGGAAAUGGCUCUUUAGCAUUCAAUCCAAGGAAACGGCAGAUUUUCUCUGGAUUGAUGUUUGCUCUGAUUUAGCACUAAAGAAUAGGUUUUCCCUGGGAAAGGAGUGGGGCAACAAGAAAACUGUUCAGAAUGAGUCUGAGGCACUUUGGCUUAAAAGAAAUACUGUUUAACAGAAAAUAGAUGUUAUCAUGGACUAAAUAUCUUAAAUACUCUCCUCCCACUGUUUUUAUGUAACUGGCAGAUGGAGAAUCAGAAGUCCUUUUUAUUUUUCUCUAAUGUUUCUUUUCCUUUUUUCCCUUUCCUUUUUCUAUUUUCUCUUUCUCUCUCCUUCCAUCUUCUUGUUUCUUUCCCCUUUCUUUGUCUCUGUUUUUUGCUUUCUACUUCUUCUUUUGGGUCAUAUUUUUGGGGCCUUUGUUAAGGUCCAGGGAUUGUGUACUCAUGGGGUUGGUAGAUGGUUGAGAGUGGCCCUAGGUGAGAGACAGGGUAAUGUCAGUCUCCCAAGGUGAAAUUUUGUUUUCCUUCUCAUCUGCAGGAGUAGCUUUUGCCCAAAGGAAACUGGCCAGCCUAGCCAAACCCACCAUGAUCAUCACCACAGACAAAGAUGUAGCCACCAUCAGAACAGAGACUGUCUUUAAAGUUGCUGAGAUUUCCUUCAAGCUAGACCAAGAGUUUGAGGAAAUAACAAUGGAUAACAGGCGUGCCAAGGUGAAUAUUAUUGUUUCCCCUAGGAAUGGUUCCCAUGGUGGGAAGUGCAGUAUCUUGACAGAGGGGUCUGCUAAUAAUCAGAACUUCAGUUAGAUAAAUACAGUAUAUUCCUGUUGGUGGGGGAGAAGAAAGAUAGCAGGUAAAACCAAAAAUUCAUCUCCUUAUAACUCUUACUUUUAUCAUUAUUUUUAAGAGCAUUAUAACAAGAGAGAAUGACACUCUGAUUCAAGUGCAGAAGUGGAAUGGCAACGAGACUAUCAUCAAACGAAAAAUAGCAGAUGGAACUAUGGUGUUGGUAAGCUUUUUCCAUUUCAUUCAUACAUCCAUGUGACCAGGGGAAGGACCAUAGUCCAGUGGCGGAAGAUAGGGCUGCCAUAUGUCUGGAUUCUGUUGGACAUUACAGGGAUUUCAAAGGCGGAAUUGACAUUUGGGGGGGGAAUAUAGCAACCCUAUGGAACAUUCAAACAGUUCCAGGUUCAAUCCUGAGUAUCGCCAGCUAGGGCUGCUAAGGUCCUCUGUCUGAAAAGUCCCUGCCAGUCAGUGUGAGACAGAACUGAACCAGAUGGACCAAUGGUCUGAUUAUGCAGGGCAGCUCAUUACAUUUCACCCGGGGUUUUAAGGCAGUCAGUUCUGUUGUUGUUGUUGUUGCUGCUGUUGCUGUUGCUGUUGCUGUUGCUGUUGCUGUUGUUGUAAGCCCUCUUGCUUAAAGUUGCAGCAAUCAAGGCUGUAGUGUCAAGAGCCAAGGAUAAUGCUAUUCUUCCCAAUCAAGUUGAUUUCACCAGUACUAGGACAUAGUAUACCUUCCCCGCCCAUCAGACUGGAGCAUGGAAGGAGAGAGUGGAAAAAAAUAAGAAGAAAUUGGGAAGAAUAGCAUUCUCCUUGGCUCUUGACACUACAGCCUUGAUAGCUGCAUUGUAUUAUGACAACCACCCUUCUGAAGUUAACAAAUUGCUAUUCUACCCCUAUGUCCUUUCUGUGAGGCAGUUACAGAAGGAGUGAGUAGACAGCCCCCAAAGUAUAUGAGGAAGGGUAGGAUUCGUGUGUCUGUGAUUUCAACAGCAUGUGCAGGUCUGCUGCUUGGACAUAAGCUAUGGUUUAAUGUAACAUGCAAACUGGGCCAGUGUGACUGGCAACAGCAUCACAACCCCACACAUAGAAACAACUGAGAAGACACCAGCAUUGCUAUAAAGAUGAUUGACGACUAUGGAUUGUAACCUAUUAUUUUUUUCAUUUGCUAGGAAUGUAUCAUGAAUGACAUCAUUUGUAUCAGAGUCUAUGGAAGACUGUGAAGACAUUAUCUUUCCAUUUCAGCUUGUUUUUCCUACAGCAUAUUAGUUUAGCGUUACAAAAAUGAGCACAGCGCUUAUGUGGAACUGAAAUAAAUAAUUUCAAGGAAUUGGCUUAAAGGAAGCUGCUUCAGUGACAGCCUUUCAUAUCACUCAUACUCAGUCACCCGCACACACAAACACAUGCCCUUUGAACAAGCUUACUUUGCAAAAUUGAUCACAAUUCCUUUUUGCAAACUAAGUUUCUUACAGUUUCAUGCAUGUAAGAACAUUCUUAAUUGCAAAGGUUUAUUUUGCAUUUCAGCAUUUUCCUUUCGGACACACCAGUUUCCAGGAAUAUUUGCACCAGAAUGCAAAUCAGUGUAGGGGCAGUGGCUGUAGCUUACCAGAUUCGGAUGGAAUGUGUUAUUGAGCAAGAAGUCCCUUUGAAGUCGGGCUGUAUAAUAAGCUACUUACCCAAAUCUGGCUGUGAACUGCAGCUGUUGAUUAAAGAGUUAUGAUAAUAUACUUAGGGUAUCCAAUAAAGGC